AUGUCGGAAUAUAUUUCAACUAUAACAUCAUCUGUCCGACGCCUGUAUGUAUUAUUAUGUGGAUUUGAAAUUAUUCCUAAAACAGUGUCAACUCGUAACCUUGGUGCAAAUAUUAUUAUGAGUGAACCUAUUACUGCCUUUUUACUCGAUACAACUGACGGUUGGAUACUUGUCGAUUGUGGUAUAGAUGAAGCAAAAAUUGAUGAUCCAAUAUUAGUGCAAAAAUAUUUUUUGGAUCGUGGUUGGAAGCCAGCUCCAGUUGUACUUCCAGUACAUCAUUUAAGAUAUCAAUUAUCACAAAUUAAUGUUGAACCAUACAUGAUUAAAUAUAUUAUAUUAACUCAUAUGCAUGCUGAUCAUACAGGAAAUUUAAAACACUUUCCAAAUGCUAAAAUUUAUAUUCAACAUGAAGAAUAUGAGCAUGGAUUUCAACCACAAGAAAAGUUAAGUAGUGCAUGGUUUCGUGAUGACUAUGAUAGUCGACCAGAAUCUGAUUGGAUCUUAGUAAAUGGUGAUAUGAAUAUUCUACCUGGCUUAGAUCUGAUAUCAACACGUGGUCAUACGUCAGGACAUCAAUCAGUUCGUGUUCAAUUACCAAGUGGAGCAAUAAUAAUUAUGACAGGUGAUGCUGGUGAUUUAAUGGAAAAUUAUGAAAAAGAGAUUUUACCUGGUGAAUCAGUAGAUGAUAAAGCUGCACUUGAAUCAAUUCAACGAUUAAAACAAUUAGCUUCUGUACCGAAUGCAAGACUAUUUCUUACUCACGAUCCAGUUCUUAUACAAACACUUAAGCUUGCACCAGAUUAUUAUGAUUAA